AGCGGCGCGCUGCGGCGGCGGCGGCGGCGGCGGCGGAAAAUGGCUGCUGCGGAGGCGGCGGACACUCAGCUGAUGCUCGGAGUCGGGCUGAUCGGUGAGGACGAAGGCGCCCUGCCCCGCAGUCCCGCGCCCCACUUCGGCCUCCGCCUGGGCCCGGGGUGGCCUCUGCUCCCGCGGUCCCCGGCGCCGCCUGCGGUGAGGAGUGACCAUCUUUCCACCGUAGAAAAGGACACAAAUGGAGAAGUUCUGUGGGUGUGGUGUUAUCCUUCCACGACAGCUACUUUAAGGAGUUUACUGCUGAGAAAAUGCUGCCUUACAGAUGAGAACAAACUUCUCCAUCCCUUCGUCUUUGGUCAGUACAGAAGAACAUGGUUUUAUAUCACAACAGUUGAAGUUCCAGAUUCUUCAGUUUUGAUAAAGGUGACUCAUUUUUCUAUUGUUCUGACCGCCAAAGAUUUUAAUCCAGAGAAAUAUGCCGCCUUCACUAGGAUAUUGUGUAGAAUGUACCUGAAACAUGGGAGCCCAGUUAAAAUGAUGGAGAGUUAUAUUGCAGUACUCACAAAGGGGAUAUGCCAGAGUGAAGAAAAUGGCUCUUUCCUUAGCAAAGAUUUUGAUGCCCGAAAGGCUUAUCUUGCAGGCUCCAUCAAAGACAUUGUAUCUCAGUUUGGAAUGGAAACCGUUAUCUUACACACAGCACUGAUGCUAAAGAAAAGAAUUGUCGUCUAUCACCCCAAAAUAGAAGCUGUCCAGGAGUUCACCAGGACUCUGCCUGCCCUGGUGUGGCAUCGACAGGACUGGACCAUACUUCAUUCCUAUGUGCACCUCAGUGCCGAGGAGCUGGAAGCCCUGCGGAUGUGCCCAGGUUACAUCGCUGGGUUUGUGGACUUGGAGGUGAGCAACAGGUCAGACCUCUACGACGUGUUUGUGAAUCUGGCAGAUCGUGAGAUUACCGUUGCCCCACUUGCCAAAGAGGCCAUGACAAUGGGCAAACUGCACAAAGAAAUUGGUCAGCUGAUUGUUCAAUCUGCAGAAGAUCCGGAGAAGUCAGACAGCCAAGUCAUACAGGUAACUCCUCAGUCCCCUGACUUACUGAGAGUUGUGCAGUGGUGGUGCCGGGCAGCGUGUGGCAGAACUGCCUGGGGCGCGGGGAGCCGUGAGAAGCCGUAGGCAGAUGCUGGCACGAGGGUCUGCAGGGUGGCCCUGGUUAGAGGAGCGGGCAGAGGCCCACCGUAGCCAAAUAGUUAUCAGGCUCUGGGGACAGAGACAUGCAGGGGGCUGGUGACAGGUGUGACCCCCAGCUGGUCUGGAAUGCUUUCCUGAGCGAACGCAUUCUGUGCUCCAGCAGAAUUUUCACGGAGGAACAACUUUCAAGAGAUAGUUGCUGCUGAGGACUAGAGAGGGCGUCUCAAUCUAGCUUCGAUGUACUGUGUCCAGAACAGCAGUAAGCAAGCAUGUAGUCCGAUCCCUGCCAAAGGUAGCAGGUCUGGGCUCACACCCUGCAGGGCUAGCCCCGCUGUGGGGUCUCCCUGUCAGGCUGACCAGAGCUUCCAUGUGGAUCCUCCCCUCUCCCCUUUCUGGAUCGGGAUGGCUGGAGAGUUUAUUUAAGCCUGUCCCUGUGGUGAUGACAGGCCCUCCUGUGCACCGCAGCCUGCCAGCUCCUUUCCUGUCUGCUGCCGGUUUGCAUUCAGCCUGUUCCCAGCUCCUUACUCUUUUCCCGGGAUACACUUCCAUCCUGGCCUCCGGGCCCUGGCUCAUCUAGACCCUUGUGUCAUCCCGUGGGGGCCAGAGGCCUGGAAGGAUUGUCUCCCACUGUCUGUACCUGUACCACCUCAUCAGGGGUGGGGGUGGGGGGCUCUGAUAGGCAGGCCCUACUCAUCUGGCUGGACCCGGUUCUUUUUUCCAUUUAUUCAUUCAUUUAUCCAGAAAAUAUUUAUUGAGCACUGACUAUAUGUCAGGCAUGGGGCAGUAGGGUUGUAUUUAUUGGAGUAGAUGAAUAGGAAAUAAUGUAAGGGGACCUGGGUGGCUCGGUUGGUUAAAUGUCUGAGUCUUGAUUUCAGUUCAGGUCAUGGUCUCGUGUUUGUGAGUUCGAGCCCCACGUCGGACUCUGUGCUGGUGGCACAGAGCCUGCUUGGGAUUCUCUCUCUUCUCUCUGCCCCUCCCCAGAUCAUGCUCUCGCUCGCUCUCUCUCUCUC